AUGAUCUACCAAGCAUCAGUCACUGCUCCAGUCAACAUUGCUACACUCAAAUAUUGGGGCAAGCGUGACAAGAACCUAAACUUACCCACCAACUCAUCAAUCUCAGUCACUUUAUCCCAGGAUGAUUUGCGAACAUUGACUACUGCUUCAGCAUCGCCUGAUUUUGAACAGGAUCAAUUAUGGCUCAAUGGCAAGCUCGAGUCAUUGGAUACGCCACGAACUCAAGCUUGUCUUGCCGAUUUGCGUCAAUUGCGUAAGCAAUUGGAAGAAGAAAGUGAAAAAGCACAAAAGAAUGACGCAAAAGCAAACGCAGACGCGGCGGUGGAGGUGGUACCGCCAUUGUCGAGAUACAAAUUGCACAUUGUUUCCGAAAACAACUUCCCCACUGCUGCCGGCUUAGCUUCAUCUGCUGCUGGGUUUGCCGCUUUGAUCAGCGCCAUUGCCAAGUUGUACCAGUUGCCCACAUCGAGCUCCGAGUUGAGCAAGAUUGCUCGUAAGGGCUCCGGGUCCGCGUGCCGAUCAUUGUUUGGUGGGUUUGUUGCUUGGGAAAUGGGUCAGUUGGCCACCGGCGAGGAUUCGCAAGCGGUUGAAGUGGCUCCGUUGCUGCAUUGGCCCAGUUUGAAAGCGGCCAUUUUGGUUGUUUCUGAUGAUAAGAAGGAUACACCAAGUACGUCGGGGAUGCAAUUGACGGUGCAAACGUCGAGUUUGUUUCAGUAUAGGAUUGACAAUGUUGUUCCGCAAAGGUUCCAAGAGAUGAAGCAAGCGAUUUUGGAUAAGGAUUUUGCCAAGUUUGGUCGCUUGACAAUGCAGGAUUCGAAUCAGUUCCAUGCUGUGUGUUUGGACUCGUACCCGCCGAUUUUUUAUUUGAAUGAUACGAGUAAGCGUGUUAUUAAAUUGGUUGAGAAAUUGAACUCUGAUGAGGGCGAGAUUGUAGCUGCGUACACUUUUGAUGCUGGUCCGAAUGCCGUUGUGUAUUAUGAUGAAAAGGAUGAGGAUAAAGUGUUGCUGGCCUUGCAUAGGCACUUUGGCCAUGUUGAUGGAUGGAAUGGGAAGAAAUACGAGCAAGAGGAGCAGUGGAGUGGAGUGUCCAGAGUCAUUUUGACUUCAAUUGGCGUAGGACCUCAAGUGACUUCUGAAUCCUUGAUUAACGAAAAAGGGUUGCCUAAGCUGAGCGGCUGA